AUGGAGGCGAUAGAGUUAGACGAAGCCAUGAAAGUAUUAGAUUCAUGUUUAUCGCAAAUCAAAUGGCGCCUCAAAUCCACUUCCAAACGUCGAUUACAAUUAGAUAUUAUUGCCCUAAUCACAAGAAUGAGACCAGUAAUAAUGAUCGAUUAUGGUGGAAUCAUGCCUCAACUUCAAUACCAACUCUCCUCACUCCUUCAACUUGCUCAAAAAGAAUCUACAAUUUUUGAAGAUCUAAGGUUGAUGGUUAUACAAGAGAUGAUUUACUUGAUUCAUGUAACUGAAAUGAAUGAUUUUGUUGGUUCAAGUUUGGAUUCUCAAUUGCUCUUUGUUGACCUUGAACAUGAAUCCCCAAAGUUGAUAACAGAAAUUGAAAAAAGCCAAUUAGCGAUGCAGUUUGUUUCAAUUCAGAAGCUGUUUUCGACGUUUUUUUCUUCUAACGCGGAGGCGAAAUUGGUGGAUGAUGCUAACUAUUCUGCUCACUGUUCUCAAUCUUCUUCUACUGAGUGCAUUGAUCUUAGUUAUUGUAUGGAAAACACUGACAUCUUAGUGCCAACAUUGAACGGAUGGCUUCUAGGAUAUCCAGUGGUGUAUCUUUUUGGGAAGGAUCAUAUUGCUGAUGCUGUUUAUAAUCUUUCUACCAAAUAUCUUCACAUUUUCCAAGUGUUUGUCUGCAGAAAUAGUAAUCUCAAGAAAGGAAAUCAAGCUGAAGAAUUGUUGAGUUUUUCAGUGCCUUAUGAUUUAAGCACGACAGGGAGUAAAGAACAAUGGGCAGAAGCUUUUUUAGCUCAAAUGCAAGCAAAAUGGGAAAGAUGUCCAAAUGUUUGGAAGUCUCUAAAGAUGGAGGUCAGUGAAUGUAAUCCUCAAGCUAUUGUGUUAUAG